AUGGACAAUUUUUUCACUGGAACGAGCAAUGCGAAAGUGUUGAAGCAGAAACGGAUUUCUGUUGUUGGAACCGUGAAUAAAAAUCGACGAUGGUUGCCGCCGACUGCACGAAAGAAAAACGCUAGGUUGUCGUUGCAUGAAACGGUUGUUUUUACUGGACCUCAAAAAGAAACUCUUACAGUGUACCAAAGUAAGAAGAGUAAGUCAGUUGGUAUUUUAAGUACGUUCCACGAUUCGGUGACAGUUGAUGACACGACUAACAAAAAACCGGAUACGAUCCAUUUCUACAACAACACAAAGUAUGGGGUAGAUAUUGCAGACGGUAUGGCCAAGGCACAUUCAGUAAAAGCCGCUUCUCGACGAUGGCCAGUACACGUAUUCUACAACGUAUUGGAUCUCGCUGCAAUCAACGCCUGGAUAUUGUAUCGCGAAGUAACGGGAAAGACGAUUUCUCGACUUGACUAUCUGUUGUCGUUAGGUGACGAUCUAAGACAGAAAUACAAAUCGUCAAAGUCAGUGCCAGAGAAACGUCCGCUAAUUGUUCCAGACUCACCCAAUAAGAAAAUCACGACAGCCAGCGGUUGCCGUCCAAUUUGCCAGACACCAAAAUGCCGGAAUAAAAGUCUCGGAAUGGCAUGUGCCAACUGCUCAAAAGUUGUCUGCGGUAAAUGUACCACGCGUAAGGAAAUUAUUUGUAAAAACUGUUGA